AUGGAGCAGAGGCGUUGGAAGCAAGACCACAUUGCAUAUGCACUUGCAACGGACGGUGAUCGCUUCAGGUUCUUCCGUAUGACCAAGGAGGGCCGGUCGUCUAAAACAGGAUGCGGGGGUGGAAAUGACUAUGAAGAUGUUGUGUUGCUGCUCAUGUCGACAUUUGACGAUGCUUUGACUCCACCGGGCGCCAAAUUACUAUCCCCUACUGGACAUGCAGAGUUCACCGGUAAGAUUAUCGACGAAUUACCUUUGCCAAACCGAAGCCCAGAUCAAAAGCGGCGAAAUUACCCAAGUACCUAUGAGCCUGAUACUAACAAAGUUCCUGAAGACGAAGACUACUACAAGGAUAUCAAACGUAUGCGUGCAAUGGCUGUGCGAGUGGGGGUGACUGUCUACAUGGAUGUGUUACAGAAACUGCCGAACCGACUCAACCCCGAAGCAGAGAAGAACACCCUCAACCUACUUGUGGUGGUGAUAAACAAAUCAACGGAGAGCCUUUUCGAUUCGAUAGGCAAAGGCGAUUACGAACACCAAAUUCCUGAUCAUGAAAUAUCAUUGAUGACAGUUUUCGACGCUAAGCUGAAGAAAGUGCUGGAAGAGGCAGACUUUGUGGACUAUAAUGACAACGAAAAAGUGCUCAAGCGUGCAGUUCGGAAAGCAAUUCUGGAGUAA